AUGAUGCAGCAGGCUAUUGGGUCCACUGCGAAGAUAAAUGAGAGAGUAGAUGCACAUGACACAGCUAUCAAAAAUAUUGAAGUGCAGGUGGGCCAAAUUUCAAUGUCUCUAAAUAAUCGUCCUCAAGGAACGCUACCUGUAGAUACCCAAAUCAAUCCUAAAGAUCAGGGCCCGAAGCAGCUGAUGGCGGUGAGUCUCCGUAAUGGCAGGGAUCUCGAUGAAGAGCAGGAGAGAGUUCGUGACAAUAUACAUGCUGAGACACUUAUUCAGGUACCCAUUGAGCUGGAUGAAUCCAUAAGGCUGACAGAUGUGACAGUCCAGCCUGCUCAGGAAGAAAAGAAUACUCAGCAGGAGACCGAGAAAGUUGCUGAAGCAGAUGAAGAGCCAGUAGUAGAGAUAGUAGCUGAGAAAGAAAAGUCCCAAGUGAUUGGGAAGAAAAGACCUCUUGCACCAUUUCCGCAGAGGUUGGCUAAACACCAAAAGGAGGAGCAAUACAAAAAGUUCUUUGAGAUGCUCAAGCAAAUUCAGGUAAAUAUUCCAUUGAUCGAAGCUUUAAAGGAGAUGCCUGGAUACACAAAAAUGAUGAAAGACUUAAUGUCCCGGAAAUUUGACUUCCAAGACUUGGCUACGGUGACACUUACUCAGACGUGCAGUGCAGUGGUAACUAGACCUGUUGCUGAAAAGCUCUCAGAUCCCGGGAGUUUUACUAUUCCAUGUACUAUUGGAAACUUUGCUUUUGCGAAAGCACUCUUUGAUUUAGGGGCGAGCAUUAAUCUUAUGCCCCUGGUCAUUUACAAGAGGUUGGGCAUUGGGAGAGCUAGACCCACCUCUAUGCUGUUGCAGCUGGCUGACAAGACUGUGAAGCGUCCAUUUGGGAUCCUUGAUGAUGUACUUAUUCAGGUGGGGAAGUUCGUGUUCCCUGCUGAUUUUGUGAUAUUGGAUUGCAAAGUAGAUGAAGAAAUUCCUAUCAUCUUAGGAAGACCAUUCUUGGCCACAGGGAGAGCUCUUAUUGAUUGUGAGACCGGGGAGCUUAAGAUGAGGCUCAAUGACGAAUAG